AUGCAAAAAAUUUAAUUAAUUCAGUACGCCUCAGAUCUUCAUUCAGUUAUCAUUUAAAAUAAAAAAUGAAUAUAUGUUUUGAAGGCAAACGAAUAUUAGUCACCGGUGCCGGUCAAGGAAUUGGCAGAGACUUGGCUCUUCGUCUUGCGAAGUAUAAAGGAAAAGUAUUUGCAUUAUCAAAAAGAUUAGAAUUUUUAAAAACACUUAAAAAUGAAGAUUCAACUAUUGAAAUAAUAUCAGUUGAUUUAGUAGAUUGGAAUACAACAAGAACAGCUAUUGAAAAAAUUUUACCUAUUGAUAUGUUAGUCAACAAUGCUGGUGUAGCAUGUCUUGGACCAUUUUUAAAAUUAUCAGAGAAACAAUUUGACUUAACAAUGAAUGUAAAUGUCAAAGCGAUAUUCAAUAUUUCACAGAUAAUUUCUGGUGAUAUGAUUGAAAGGAAAAUUCACGGUAGUAUUGUUAAUGUUUCAUCGCAAGCAAGCGUUGCGGCUUUAAAAGACCAUUCAAUUUAUUGUGCUUCCAAGGGGGCUGUUGAUAUGUUGACUAAAUCAAUGGCUUUAGAACUUGGAGUCUACAAUAUACGAGUCAAUUCCGUGAACCCAACUGUCGUUAUGACUGCAAUGGGACGACUUGGUUGGGAUGAUCCAAAAAAAUCCCAAAGUAUGCUUGAUAAAAUUCCACUUGGACGAUUUGCUGAAGUUGAUGAAGUUGUUGAUGCUAUAGUUUAUCUCUUGAGUGAUCGCAGCUCAAUGAUUACAGGAGUAGCAUUACCUGUUGAUGGAGGAUUUUUAGCUACUUAAGAAAGAUAGCUCAACACCAGAUAAAAAAUAAAAAUUUGUUGUCGACUUUAUAAAUUAUAAAAAUAAUAAAAAUUAAUUGUACUCUGAAUAAUUUCCAAAUAUU